CUUCUGGCAAGUAAAUAAGUUCGAUCGAUCUAUGUAUCGGCACAGUUUCGUGCCGGCAUUUGCGCAAUAGGCCGCAACUCCGCGCGUUCUAUGACUAACUAUAAGAAUGGUGUUCACUAAAGUACUAAUUACUUUAUCCAUAUUAACAAUAUUAUCAAGAAAUGCAAAUGGAGUCGAUAAAUAUACCGAUGAGAACAGACCCUACGAGUUUGGCUUCACAAUAGAUGGUGAACAGCAUCGGCAUGAGAAAAAAGAUGAAAACGGAAUUAUAAUGGGAGAGUUUGGGUUCAUCACAGCAGAUGGAGUAUACCACGUGACAGUCUAUGCAACUGACGAAAAUGGCGCCUUCAAAAUAUUGUCUAUGAAAAAUAUCCGCGUUAAGCCAUAUCCUGGAACUGCUUCUCAAAAUUCACGGACUGGUCAUUCCUUGUCUCUAACAAGCACUUCAAAAACUCCAUCGAGUCCAGUCCAAAGAAAUGAAGCGCCUAACAAAGAUACGCCACUAUUACGAACGUCGCUUACUUCAUCAAUUGAAAGCAACCAUCCAAACAUUGAUGGAACAAGAAUCGAGAAUGGGCCAAAGCCACCAUUGCAAAUAGUAAAACAACCAGCUUCACCUGUACAGGCCUGCUCUCAUUGUAGUUUACCUACAACUACUACAGUUGCACCAAGAAUUGAUCCACCAACUAAUUAUCAGCAAAAUCCAUAUAACUCUCAAGUUAAUCAAGAAGGUCAAAUAGACAACAUUCCAGUUGAAAAGAAAUAUAAUCAGUUUACGAAUCAAGCCUCGCAAAACUACCAACCGCAGACUAACCUCCUAAAUAAUUACCAAGGAAGCUCUCAAGCAAUACCUGAAGUUUCCAAUCAGGGUCUAAAUAGAAGAGCAGAAUUACCACAGCAAGAAUUAAUUCCCCCAAAUAACCCAAGUCAACAAAACUACAAUAAUCAAGUUACAUCAUACGAAAAUGCAGAAACUGAUAAUAGGAUGCAAAAUAUUGGAUCAAACAACAAUUAUGAUAACGCAGACCAAGGGCCAAAUGAUCCAUCAAAUAAUCUUCUUCGAUCUGGAUUCAAUACUCAAAAUCCGGAAAUAAGUGCUCCAAAUAGUGAAAUAGAACCUCCUCUUGGUAAUUCAUAUCAAGGUACUCCACAGAUACCUCAGAAUUAUGCACAGAGUCAAAGUGUCUCAAACUCACCAAGUCAUUCAAUUGAGCGUAACCCGAAAAGUUACGAACCAAAUAUAGGAGUACCUCAAAACACUGUAGGAGUACCUCAAAGCGCUGUAGGAGGUGUCAAUUUAAAUGAAUACGAUACAACAAAGUUGGAACCUCCAAAAUCUCCAAAACUACUAUCGGCUCAAAUGCAAAUAGUUAACAAAAACACGGAUAUUUAUCACAAAAAUCCUGGUGAGAAAGAUGGACUCCCAGAAGGUGUUACAAAAGACUAUAUGAUGGGGGUGUUAUACGUCUUCAACUACACGGUUGGUUUCCAUGGACACUAUGAAAAGGGAUUUGCUGAUGGUUCAAAGGAAGGAUACUACUACGUGACAGGCAGAAACGGAGUUAGAACAAGAGUAGAUUACGAAGCUGAUGAAAAAGGUUUCCGUCCUAAAAUUACUGAAGAGGUGCUUGAUUUGAUUUCUGAUGAAGUGCCAAAACCUGAAACGGAAAAGCAACCACAGUACGGGCUUAAAAGCUAUGAAUUCAAAUGGCUUUAUUUCCCAGUUGGCUCAAAACAAAGAUAAAACGUCUGAAAACUGACCUUGUUCUACUGUUUUCUUUAGUUUGUAUAAUAAUAAUAAAUAAAAUCACUGCCAUAAAUUAAAUAAAAAUAACUAAUAUAAUCCCAUAUAAUAAGACUUAAUUAUAUAAGAAUUUAUUUACUACGACUCGGCUUUACUCUACUGAAUACAAAUGUAUAAUACAACAUAAGCUAUUUUAUCAAAAGCUCAUAUCUAUUCCACAUAUCAAAGUAUAUAAUAAUACGCCUAUUUAUAAAACAACGCAAUUAGUAUUAACUGGUUUCUACUAAUUGUAAAAUUAAUAGAAUUCUCGAAUAAAACAUCUGAAUUACAAGUAUAUAAAACUAGAUUAUACAUAUUAUGAAGUGAGAAAAAUAAUUAUGUAAUUUUUAUGAAAUAAUUAUGAAAUAAAAACACAUCUGUAUGUUUUUGACUA